UUCUUGUUCUUCUUUCUACCCUUUCGCUCGAGUAUCAGCCGCUAAAACCUCAAAAACCCCCCUGCUGUGUUUUUGAAGCGAAAGAGAAUGGGGAAGAACAAUAACAAGAGGGAGCGGCACCUGAAUCCACAGCCUUUCUUAUCAGACAAUGACAGCCAUGCUAAGCGAUCCAAAUUCAAAGUACCCAAGCCCAAAUCGCACCACCAGUCGGAGAAGGCGGAGCAGGAGGAGAACGAGGAGCUCAUAUCCUCCACCAUGAGUUCCAAGAUUCUCAAACAAGCUUUGGCUCAGCAGAAAGAGAUUCAGGACGAGGCUAACCUCCAAAACCCUAACAGCGCCUUGCUUUUCGCUCAAGAAUAUGUCACCCCCAAGGGCGCCGCCGCCGAUGAUGCUCAGACUGACGACGAUGACAUCGAUGGCUUUGACGGCUUCUCUGAAACUCAGAGCCGAUUUGGCGCCGAUGAUGAGGAGAUUGACGAAGAGGAUGAGAGAGUGCUGGAGGCGUUUUUAGCAAAAGAUGCAGCUCCUCAACGCACUCUUGCCGAUAUCAUUGUUGAAAAACUCAAGCAGCAAGAUCCAAUUACUGCUUCAGAAACUCGACCAUUGCCUAAAUUGGAUAGUUCCAUCAUAGAUUUAUAUAAAGGAGUUGGCAAGCUUCUUAGUACUUACACAGCAGGCAAAUUCCCCAAAGCAUUCAAGCACAUCCCAGCAAUGAAACUUUGGGAGGAUGUCCUUUAUCUAACUGAACCUGAUAAAUGGUCACCGAAUGCAAUGUACCAAGCCACAAGAAUUUUCGCUUCUAAUUUGGGUGUGAAGAAGGCUGAACGCUUCUACAGACUAGUGUUGCUCCCGCGGGUGAGAGAUGAUAUUCGAAAGAAUAAACGGCUUCAUUUUGCUUUAUAUCAAUCUUUGAAGAAGUCACUCUACAAACCUGCUGCAUUCUUCAAAGGAGUACUGUUCCCUCUAUGUGAGUCGGGGACGUGCAACCUCAGGGAAGCUGUCAUUAUCGGAAGCAUUUUACAGAAGGUCUCCAUUCCUCCGCUUCAUUCAAGUGUUGCAUUAUUGAAACUUGCAGAGAUGAAUUAUUGUGGUACAACAAGCUUUUUUAUAAAGCUUCUUUUGGAGAAGAAGUAUGCUUUGCCAUAUCGUGUACUUGAUGCUACUGUUGCUCAUUUUAUGAGAUUCCUUGAAGAUAGCAGGAUGAUGCCUGUAAUAUGGCAUCAGUCACUCCUUGCAUUUGUGCAAAGGUAUAAAAAUGAACUCCAAAAGGAGGAUAAAGAAAACCUCAGAAAUCUACUUGAAAAGCAAAGGCACAAACUAGUUACUCCUGAAGUCCUUCGGGAGCUAAAUAAUAGUCGCAACCGUGGUGAAAAGGAGGAUGAUCUUAUGUUAAUAUCCUCUCCUAUUUCUGUGAUCAAUAGAACUAUUGAAGAAGAUAGGUUUGAUGUUCCAGAGGUGCCUAUGGAGGAAGAUUGAUUGACUGCCUGGGCAUUGACAUGGGUUCCCAAAGAAGUUACUCUAUAUGUUUUGUAUAGGGAAAUGCAGUCUCAUGCUUUUUGAUGUCUGGCUCGCUGGGAGAUGUGCAAUCUUAUGCUCUUGGAUGUCUGGCAGUCAUCCGAGUGAUAGUUGCAAAGCGGAUACUAUUCAUGUUCAAAAGAAGAUGAUCGUUUUUAGUGUUAGCACACUGCUAUGGCACUGGUAAUGGGAGUUUCGUGAAGAAAUGAUAUAAACUUAUAGGAAAUUUUGUGUUACGGUUUUUGUGUUUGUAGAAUCACAUUAUACAUUGGAUAAAUGUAUUUUAAGAUGCCAAAUUUGGGUAAAAGUAA